CGUAGAGAAUAAGCGGCCACGCGGCGGCGUCGGGCGGGGGUUGCCACCCGCUGCCUGCCGGCGAGGUCCAAGCGCCGGGCUCUCUCUCGAGGUGGUCGUGGGUGGCCCUUGCGUCGCUGAAACAUGGCUUUCGGUCUUGGGGGCUCCAACUCCAACCGAUCGCUGCUACAGUUGAUAUGAAGCCUCAGGAACAUUUUCUUCCUCCACCAGAUCGAUCACUAUUCAUUGGAGAAACCUUCCAAAUUGACUGCCUGAUCGUGAUGGGCUAUCCUUAAACUUGAUCACCUGAUUGUAAUUGUAAACCUGCUGUGCUCUCUGAUCAGGAUUUAGGACUGGUCCGAGAAACAGUUAAGAAGUCCAGUGUUGAUCCGGCAAGCAAGAUAUCACAACAGUGCAUUGUAUCCGGCUCCUGCUCCUCCCCCAUGUGAUCUGGAGUACGCAAACAGGUGACUGUCGGAAAUCUGAAACAGUGUCAUACACACGCAUGCACCAUCAAGGUAUCAUACGCCUCUGACCGCUCUCCCCAUGCCUAUAUAAACAGAGGCCACCCUUCUCGAGCUCAACCAAACCGUCCCCCUGCUUCCAUUCCAUCCUCCUCUGCUUCUUGGAGAGACACACACAUACACACACACAAGCGUCGGGGAUUCCAGUACAUUCUGCGGCGCGCAUCCUGUCCGUGCGAUCCUGUACUGUAGCCAUGGUGGUCCUUGCCAAGGGCGAGCUGGAGCAGAUCGCGCUCCCGGCGGGGCAGCGCGCGGCGCCGCCGCUGGCCGCCGUGCCGGAGGUCGACCUGGCCAUGGCGGCGGCGAAUGCCGGGGCGCGCGCGGCUGCGGCGCGCGCGGUGGCCAGGGCGUGCGAGGAGCACGGGUUCUUCAAGGUGACGGGCCACGGCGUGCCCGCACCGCUCCUGGCGCGCGUGGAGGCCGCGGCCGCCGCCUUCUUCGCGCUGCCGCAGCAGGAGAAGGAGAAGGCCGCCGCGGCGCCGGGGGGCGGCAGCCCGUUCGGGUACGCCAGCAAGCGGAUAGGCGGCAACGGCGACCUCGGCUGGGUCGAGUACCUCCUGCUCGGCGUCAACGCCGCCGGCGCCGCGGCGCCAGCUGCGUUUCCCGGCGCGCCAUUGCCUGCUGCGCCAGCGGGGGCGUCGCCCUGCUCCUUCCGGGACCUUCUUGACGAGUACGUGGCGGCGGUGCGGCGGAUGACGUGCGCGGUGCUGGAGCUGAUGGCGGAGGGCCUGGGGCUGGAGGACACCGGUGCGCUCGCCCGCCUGGUGCUGGCCGGCGACAGCGACUCCAUGCUGCGGGUGAACCACUACCCGCCGCGCCCGGAGCCCGGCCGGCUCACGGGGUUCGGCGAGCACACCGACCCGCAGAUCAUCUCGUUGCUCCGCUCCAACGCCACCGCAGGACUCGAGAUCUCGCUGCGGGACGGCACCUGGGUCGCCGUGCCCGCAGACGCCGACUCCUUCUUCGUCAACGUCGGCGACGCACUCCAGGUGCUGACGAACGGGCGGUUCCGGAGCGUGCGGCACCGGGUGAUGGUGAGCAGCGCGCGGCCGCGGGUGUCGGUCAUCUUCUUCGGGGGCCCGCCGCCGCGGGAGCGCCUGGCGCCGCUGCCGGGGCUGCUGGACCGGGAGGGUGGGCGCCGGCGGUACAGGGACUUCACCUGGAGGGAGUACAAGACGUCCGCCUACCGGACCAAGCUCGCCGACAACCGCCUCGGCCGCUUCGAGUUCGACACCACGCCGGCAGCCGCCGCCGCCGCCUCCAGCUAGCGUAGCGUAGCGUGCAAAUGUUUUGUUUUGUGUGUGGUUGUGUACGUAUAGCUUCGUGCUCACACGGUCCGUGGCUUCGUGCGUGCACAACUGGUGCCCCCCUGUGCUUUUGUGGGCACGAUCGAGAGCAACCAGGCCGGGCCAGUGGCCAGCCAUGAGUGAGUUCAUGAUGGCAAGCGUGUGACACGGCAGAGUGGCGUAACGAAGGUGAUAGAAAUGUGCAGCACAGUAAUCACGGCAAUCCUGAAACACAUUGGUGGUGACGACGAGCGCCACCCAAGGCGCCACGGCGGCGGCGGCGGCUGCUCCAGCCAUGCUUGUUCUAGGCUUUCUCAUCUGUUGCGAGGUCGGAGGUAGAGCAGCAGACCGCACAAGACAUUCAACGUCAGCGGCGUCGCCACAGAAAUGGCCACAGCUAUUUCGCCGCACAAGACACAAAAGUACAACGGAUCUAUUAUGGCUCUUCGGCCACGGAUUGGUUUCUUCUACCGGGCCUCCAUAUUUGCUUUUGGGCUCUCUUCGUGUGUUUCACUUCCUUUUCAUUUGGGCCCAAUUUGUGCCUCUUUUUUCCGUUUUGAUUAUCUACUGGCAAAUAUACUCGUGCGUCGUCACGGUUGAAAGUCUGUACCAGCCAUCUCAAAGCUCACAGGGCCAAACGCUCUAUUGGAGAUUUUUCUUUUCUGCGACGGUUUUUCUUUGAUAUAGAUUUUGUUGUACUUUUACGUUCUCAUUAUAUUUGAGGUUGUUUAUUUUGAUUAUCCAUUUAUUACACAUUUUGUUUCUUUUUCA